AUGGCGAAUAUGGAUAGAAUGUCUGGUGCGGAGUACCUAGCCUCCAUUUAUGGUACCGAGAAAGAUAAAGUUAAUUGCUCAUUUUUCUUCAAAAUCGGAGCAUGUCGACACGGAGACAAAUGCUCUCGCACUCACAUCAUUCCAACAUUUUCUCAAACAGUUCUUCUGAAGAAUCUCUAUCAUAAUCCUGUCAUCGAUAUGCGCCAGGCUGACGCUUGCACGAAAGUCGGUAUGAUGAACAAAGAUGAACAACAGUACUUUGAUGAGUUUUUCGAGGAGAUUUUUACAGAGAUCAAUGAUAAAUACGGAGAAAUUGAAGAGAUGGAGGUGAGUUUUUUGCUGUUUCUAAUCUUCCUGUGA